AUGCCCUCCGGUUCAGUCAGCCGGACCGGCGCAUGCCAGCGCUGCCACCGCCGAAAGGUCAAAUGCGACCGCACCCGGCCGUCAUGCGCCCCUUGCUCGCGAAUCAACGUCCAGUGCACAUAUGCCGCGAGGGAACAUCAGAUACAACUCCGCCGCCAGGAUGUCGAGAGGCUUGAGCAGCAUAUCCGAGAUCUGCAGGCUGAAAACGACAAUCUGACUGGGAGACUGGUCGAUGCCCAGCAGCAGCAGCAACACCAACCAGGCACCGAGGAUGAGAGACUUGCAACUCCGACUACGACGUCAAGCCUGGGGCUGCAGACUGACGAGUCCGAAGCACCAACUGCUGGGAGCGGCGAGAUUGCUAGCCAGGUCAUUCACUUGUCACUUAGCGCUGGAGGCGGUCGAGACUUUGUCGGCUCGACGAGCGGUUUGUUCCUCGCCAAUCUGCUACAGUCUCAUAGCCAAUUUGCAGGGGCACCCAGCCAUACCGUUGGCCAGCACUCCAGCUCAACAUCGCGUCAUCAUGGACGUACGGGAAGCCUUGUGCCCAGUGGAGCUUCGAGUCUGCCACCGAGGAGCAUGACGGUAGAGAUACUUGACGCAUACUCCAGUCAUGACCGGCUUUGCUACCCGUUUCUCUCACCGAGAGCACUGGACCGGGCAUUAGAUGCCGUGUAUGACGUAGGAACCUCGGGAAACGCGAGUCCCAUCGACAGCUUUCUCGUCGACAUGACUCUCGCCAUCGGGACAGCACAAGUCUACAAGCUGAACUGGAACGGGUUCUGGGAUUCCGAGGUCCACUACACCCGAGCCAUGACGCGCUUGGGCGAUGUGCUCUCUCGUGGCGGCAUCACUGCCCUUCAGGCUUUGCUACUGAUCUGUCAGUACAGGAUGAGUACGACUUCACACGACACGAGUACCAGUGUCUGGCACUUGAUUGGCGUUGCGGCGAGGACAUGUUUCGAGCUUGGGUUGCACAAAGCGUCGACGUAUACCGUCCCUCAGCCACGACCCGGUGAUGAGACGGAUGCGGAGGGCAGGCACGAAGACGUUGAAAUCAAGAGGAGGUGUUUUUGGAGUGUGGUGUCUAUGGAUCGAAUUGCCAGUCUCAUUCUGGGGCGACCGCUGGCCAUCCAGCUUGAGGACAUCGACGUCGAGCUCCCGCCCUUUGAUAUGCCCGGCAGCCCCGUUCCACUUCCAACUUCUUUGUCGACGGCUCCCUUCAUGACGCCAGAGUGGCAUCUAGGGACCGCAAUCUUCGUCCACAUUGUCAGGUACCGACUGAUUUGCGGCAAGAUUCUCAACGUCCUCCACCGCAGUGCCAACACAACCCGAGACCCCGUCACCUACGAAGAUAGCCGAAGUGCCCUUGUCGAAGAGCUCCAAUCAUGGCGUGAGGGGACCAGGAAUCUACCGCUGAUUCCCGCAGACGCGCUGCUCAUCUCGCCAGCUAGCAGAUCUAGUUUUCGCUCAGCUGAAUGGUACAAUCUCCUAUACCACAACGGGAUCCUGAUGCUGUUCCGCCCAUCUCCCACUCUUUGCGAUGCAACCGGCAACAGCAUCGUGCUACAGCACAUGUUCGAUUCAUCACAGGAGGCUAUCAAGCUGUAUGCCAACCUACAUCGCUCGAGGAAGAUCAACUACUCUUGGGUAACGCUUCACUCCAUUUUCAUCGCAGGACUCUCCUACAUCUAUGCACUGAGGAAUCACCUCCAGCAUAUCCAAAGCCGGAACCCUGCCAACGCAAACACGCCCAGAGCCACACUGCGAGCAACUCCUACGAUUAGCCAGGUGGUGAACGAUACCCGGGCUUGCUCAAAGGUGCUAGUGGCGGUAUCUGAGAGAUGGGCUAUGGCACGCAAUUGCUCGGAAGUAUUUGACCGACUCAGUGACGCCGUUGUCGCUGAUAUUGUCGAAGCCCAAACUGGACAUGCCUCAUCAUCAAAUGAGCCGACAUAUAAUAACCAACCUACAGGCGACACAGAGCAUCUGUCCCAGGCUAUGGACAUGAGCCUGAAUGACGCCAUGUACGGUCACGGCCCCGGCACGAAUAUGACCGUCGACGAGACUCUACGAGAUUGCUUCGGGGACCUGCAGAAUAUCUGCUACGACCAGUACCACAGCGACGCCAUUGCUCAGCUUUCCCAAGAUUGGCUGUUCGGAAUGGGAGAAAUUCCGAGUCGCUACUUUUAG